AUGCAGGAGCAGAACCCAGAUCCCGAGAAGGACCAGGACCAGGACUGUUCAGAGUCCACCAGCACCAAAACGGGCUUUUCCUCUGCUGGUCUGCAGAAUCAUAACGGAAGACCCAAAAGACACUGCUGCGAUGAUUGCGAGCAAGUCUUCACCACUUCAUCAAACCUGAAGAUCCAUAAGAAAACUCACACUGGGGACAAGCCUUACAGCUGUGAUCAGUGUGGUACGGCUUUUGCCCGACAACUUUACCUAAAGCAACACCAACGUAUUCACACUGGAGAAAAGCCUUACAGAUGUGAUCAGUGUGGAGCGGCUUUUGCCCAGCAAAAUGCUCUAACGAGUCACCAACGUAUUCACACUGGAGACAAGCCUUACAGAUGUGAUCAGUGUGGAGCGGCUUUUGCCCAGCAAAGUGCUCUAACGAGUCACCAACGUAUUCACACUGGAGACAAGCCUUACAGAUGUGAUCAGUGUGGAGCGGCUUUUGCCCAACAAGGUCCUCUAAAGCAACACCAACGUAUUCACACUGGAGACAAGCCUUUCAUAUGUGAUCAGUGUGGAAAGGCUUUUGCCCGACAAGGUCAUCUAAAGCAACACCAACGUACUCACACUGGAGAAAAGCCUUACAGCUGUGAUCAGUGUGGAGCGGCUUUUGCCCAGCAAAGUGGUCUAACGAGUCACCAACGUAUUCACACCGGAGACAAGCCUUACAGAUGUGAUCAGUGUGGAACGGCUUUUGCCCUAAAAGGUCACCUAAAGCAACACCAACGUAUUCACACUGGAGACAAGCCUUACAGAUGUGAUCAGUGUGGAGCGGCUUUUGCCCAGCAAAAUGCUCUAACGAGUCACCAACGUUUUCACACUGGAGACAAGCCUUACAGAUGUGAUCAGUGUGGAGCGGCUUUUGCCCAGAAAAAUGCUCUAACGAAUCAUCAACGUAUUCACACUGGAGACAAGCCUUACGGAUGUGAUCAGUGUGGAGCGGCUUUUGCCCAGAAAAAUGCUCUAACGAAUCAUCAACGUAUUCACACUGGAGACAAGCCUUACGGAUGUGAUCAGUGUGGAGCGGCUUUUGCCCAGAAAAGUGCUCUAACGAGACACCAACGUAGUCACACUGGAGACAAGCCUUACAGAUGUGAUCAGUGUGGAGCAGCUUUUACCACAUCAAGUAAUCUAAGGAGUCACCAACGUAUUCACACUGGAUAA